GCUAUUUUGUUAUUUCUGACAUCAAAUGUCUCUUGUUAGAGCUCAUCAAGAAGCCUCCUCUUCCAAUGCAUCUCAUGCUCGAUGUAGUUACCAUGUUUUCUUGAGUUUUAGAGGUGAAGAAACUCGGAACACUUUCACCGAUCACCUCUAUUCGGCCUUGGUCAACGCAGGAUUUCACACUUUCCGAGAUGAAGAUGAACUCGAGAGAGGCCAAGAUAUCAAGCCAGAACUAGAGAAAGCAAUCCAACAGUCACGAAGUUCUGUCAUUGUGUUUUCGAAAGACUACGCAUCUUCCAAAUGGUGCCUGGACGAGCUUGCCAUGAUACUUGAACAAAAAAGGAGGGCAUCUGAUCAUGUAGUUUUACCAGUGUUCUACAAUAUUGAUCCAUCAGAUGUGAGGAAACAGAGUGGAAGUGUUGCAAUAGCAUUGGCUAGACAUGAGAAGAAUCAAUCCCUGGAGAAGUUAAAUAGGUGGAGGGCAGCACUUACAGAAGUUGCAGAUCUUGCAGGCAUGGUGCUACAAAAUGAAGCUGAUAGGCAUGAGACGAAGUUUAUAGAGAAAAUUGUCAAAGUGAUUGAGGGAAAACUAUGUCGCAGCCCCUUAAGUGUUGGCCCUUACCUGGUAGGAAUGCAAUAUCAGGUUGAAAACAUCAGUAAAUGGUUGCAGGAUGGAUCCUCUGAUGUUAGCAUGUUUGGAAUUUGUGGGAUUGGUGGUAUUGGAAAGACUACCAUUGCUCGAGUAGUUUAUAACUCAUUUUUCACCAGUUUUGUGGGAAGCAGUUUCCUUGAAAACAUCAGAGAAGUUACAGAACAACACAAUGGCUUAGUUCGACUACAGAAGCAACUUCUUGCUGAUAUAUCAAGGGGGAGAAAAGUGAGAGUACACAGUGUCAGUGAGGGAAUAAUUAAGAUCAGAGAUGUCCUAAGCACCAAGAAAGUACUUCUUGUCCUCGAUGACGUUGAUCAUCUAGAACAAUUAGAUGCAGUAGUUGGCAUGAAAGAUUACUUUUGUCCGGGAAGUAAAAUUAUCAUAACUACUAGGCAUUCUAGGUUGUUAAAGGCUAGUCAAGUUGUUAAGGUGCAAGAGGUGGGAAGCUUAAAUGAUGCUGAAUCGUUAGAGCUUUUUAGUUGGCAUUCUUUUGGACAGGAUCAACCAGUUGCAGGUUAUGUUGAAAGGGUAGUGAACCAUUGUGGAGGACUGCCUUUAGCUCUUCAAACUUUGGGGUCUUCUCUGUCAGGGAAACCAGUACAUGUAUGGGAAAGUGCAUUAAAGAAACUGAAUGCUAUUCCAAGCAGUGAAGUUUUGAGACGGCUAAGAAUAAGCUAUGAUACUCUCGAAGAUGACCAUGAUCAAAAUUUGUUCCUCCAUAUUGCAUGUUUCUUUAUUGGAAAGGACAAGGAUGUUGUAGUUAAAACAUUAGAUGAAUGCGAUUUUCACACAAUUAUUGGUCUUGAAAAUCUUGUCGAUAGAUGUCUAAUAAGCAUUGAUCUAAGUAAUGUGGUGAGAAUGCAUCAAAUGAUUCGUGAUAUGGGAAGAGAAAUUGUUCGACAAGAAUCAAAGGAGCCGGAGAAGCGCAGUCGAUUAUGGCAUUCCAAAGAUUCCUUGAAUGUAUUGAUGAGUGGAAACAAAGGUUCAAACACAAUUGAAGGUCUGGCACUGAACAUGUACCUGAAACCUGUCAUCAUGGAAAUCAAUGCAUUUGCAAGGAUGCACAAACUGAAAUUACUCCAACUUGGUCAUGUACAACUGUCCGGAAGUAGUCAAGAACUUCCUGAAGGGUUGAGAUGGUUGUGCUGGCUUCAGUUUCCUUUGGAUUCUAUACGCAUUGGUUUUCCUGUGGAGAGCCUGGUCGUUCUAGAAUUGCCAGGUAGUAGCUUGAGGAAAGUGUGGAAGGGAAUGAAGCAUCUUCCAUCAUUGAAGAUCCUUGAUCUUCGUCAUUCCCAUGAUCUUAUGGAAACUGGUGACUUCUCAUUGGUCCCUAAUCUAGAGAGACUGAUUUUUGAAGAUUGUUCAAGAUUGGUUAAUGUCCAUGAAUCUGUUGGAAGAUUAGAGAAACUUGUAUACUUGAACAUCAAAGAUUGCAGAAGUAUUAGGAAGCUUCCAAAAAACAUUUGUAUGUUGAAAGUACUAGAUACACUUAUUAUAUCUGGUUGCUCAAAUCUUAAUGAGUUUCCAAUGGAAGUUGGGAGGAUGAAUUGCCUGAAAGUUCUUGAAGCUGACGGAAUUCCAAUUAAUCGAUUAGUCACAACUGUUGAAGAAGACAAAUCACGGCCAAGAAAAAGUGUGGAUAAUUUGUGGGCUUGUCUGUCCUGCACUCUAGUCAGUUUAAGUCUGACGCAUUGCAAUCUUUCUGAUGAUGCUUUUCCUCGUGAUGCUGUUAACUUAUACUCAUUGAAGAGUUUGAAUCUCAGCUUUAAUCCAAUUUGUAGCUUACCAGAUUUCGUCAGAGAUCUUAGAGGGCUCGAGUUUAUUUAUUUUAUGGGGUGUACAGGCCUCAAAUCACUUGUAAGGUUACCAAGGGUAAGAACUUUGGAUGUCCACUUAUGUGAAUCCUUGGAGAAGGUAACAUUUCUGUCGAAAUCAUGCAUACCAGAGUCAAUAGGCUUGCUUGCUCACAAGUCCCAACUAGUGGAGAUUGAGUACUGGUUCAAAUUAGAAGCCAUUUCAGAAGUGGAUACAGAAAUGAUCAAGCUUUUGUGUUUGAGCAACCUGGAUUUUAUGGAACACAUUUGGAUGCACACCCCCUAUAACGACGCUGAAGUGACGAUGCUUCCCAUCCAGGGACUUUAUGAAUAUGGUAUAUUUAGCACAUUUUUUCCUACAAAGGGAAACCAUGUUCCCGGGCAGUUCAGUCAUACAAGUAAAGGGUCAUCACAUUCAAUGUCCUUUACUGUGCCUGCACCUAUACUUUCCCAUCACAAAAUCCAAGGCUUAAAAAUCUUCUGUGUAUAUGCAAACUACGAUGUUGAUGUCAGGUGCAUUGAUGCAAUAAUGAUCAGAGUCAAUAACAAGAGCAAGGGUCUGAAGUGGAUCUAUGGACCAACCUGUUACGGCAUUCCAAGAGAUAGCGAAAAAGAUGUGGUAUGGUUAAGCCAUUGGAAGUUGGGGAAUCGGUUGGAAGCUGGCGAUGAAGUUACUGUUGCAGUGUUUCCAUUUGAACCAUUCUAUAUAACAGAAUGGGGCUUCCAGGUUGUGCACGAGAAAGAAGGCAAUAUAAGUAACCAACAGAACACCUCGUGUUCAGAUGAUAAUGAUGUUAUCGGUACUUACUGUAGAGAUUUUUCCGAACUAUACCAGGUGAUGCCGGGAACAUACUUCUUCUGCGGAGGACCUAUGACAUAUGAUAGACGGUCACAUGCUAUACGAGAAGGGUCAGCUUUGUUCAAUCACAUUAUUGGAGAUGCUGAUCAAAGUGCAGCAACAAGAGAAGAAAUGAAAGACCGGAAAAUUUUCUACGGUAGGAAAGGGGUUGUUACCCUUAUUGAUGCUGUGUCUUUGCUCGUGAGUCCAGGCCGCGAUAGAAUAAAACGAAGGAAACUCCAGCCAAAAAUAGAGCGUUCUAGUUUAGCCCAGCCAAAUGCCAUACCAUUACUAGGAAAACUAGCUCGCAUUCUCUUUUGGGUUUUCCUUUAUUUGGUUCAACAUUUUGCAGUUGAUUUCUUGGUAAAGAAGUUUAUUUUAACUCCUUCCAAAAUUUAAUCCGAGUAACUGGGUUUCUCAGAAAUGGCAGGAACAACACAUCCUUGAAGGGAUCUGUAUAAUUAGGCCGUGACCACUAUUUUUGCUUGAUGGUUGUACUAUAUGCCAUUAUACAUCUGUGACCAUUGUUCAUCGUCG